AUGGCGCGAAUGCAUAGUUUCUCCACGUCAGCCCUCCCUUCAGCCAUCGUUUCAGCCACGUCGUCCGUCACGUCAGCCAUCACGUCAGCCACGUCAGCCGUCACGUCAGCCACGUCAGCCAUCGCAUCAGCCGUCCCUACGCUCCCUUCAGCCGCGCCAACGGCCCUCUUGUCCGCCAUUCUGACGGCCCUCCCUGCACUCCUGCUCAUCCGCGCGGCGUCAGGACAACCAGACGGCUACCCAAUAAUAGAAUACCCCAACUGCCCGAUUACUGGCCAGCGCCCCGAGAACAUCGAGACGGCUUAUAUCGAGGCGUCUGGUGUCGGACCGGCUAGUAUUGGAGCGGCCGUGUGGCAGCGCCGGUGCACGACGGAAGACAACAUGACGUGCUGCGGGCUGUGCGGGGGAGAGGAGCUCGCGCUGCGAUACAUCCGAUCCAACGUCUCUCUCGCGAUCAGCGCGCUCGGCGCCAACGCCACCGCUGCUGCUCGUAAACUCAUCGACCUCUCCAACCCGCCCUCUGCAUGUGAAGCCUUGCAGGGCUAUCCGCUCUGCGCACAUCUGCUCGAAAUGGUCAUGUGCACUGCCGUCUGUGACGCAGACACGGAAUUCGUGGUGGAAGCAGGUCCCACAAUCACCAUCUGUGACGGGCUUGCAGAGCGGCUCAAGGCGGAAUGUGCGGGAACGCUAUUUGGCCGCAUCACAAUCACCAUGGAUGCAUAUUCCUUCACCACCCAGCUUCUCACAGCGAUAGGCAGAAACCUCUACGGCAUCCCUUCCUUCUCAGCUGUUAUCUCUUUUUCAGGGGGGCCGCCUGCUUCCUUCACGACCAUCCUCUAUUCCUUCCUCCUCUCCCCUCCCUCUCUCCCCCCCCUCCUCUCCCCUCCCUCCUCUCCCAUCCCUCCCUCCACUGCCUUUGUGGCCCACUUACCACCGAUGCCUUCCCCCCCACAAUCAUCUGCUGCCAUCCUUUCAACCUGA